GACCUCUAACGUCAUCAGGUGCACUGGGAAGAACUUUUAACUGAAUCAGAAGGAAAAAGGGUGAGCACAGAUUCUUUAAAAAUCGAGAGGAAGAAGCAGGCGCAUCAGACUUAUCAACGAGAUUUGAGGAGUGAAGUUGAUUUUUUUAGUGGAGCUAAAUAGCGUUAAAGAAAGCCGUCAAAAUGCAUAUCACAGCGUUAUCCUGCCUACAUCUUGCAGUGACUGUUUCACUUAUACUAUUUUGUGCAAUUGGAUGUCAUGCUCAGUGCACAAUAACUCACAACUGGAGUCCUGUAUUACCCGAGACGAACUAUGAUCGUAACACGUCUAGUGUAAACGACCCCGCUGGAAGGCCGCUCGGAUACGCACAAGCAGUCAUUGAAUAUUCAGACAAUGAAAACCCGAUUGACCCAUGCAUUCACGUCACAGGAGCUACAGACAGGCGAAUCGAGAUUAUGGCGGAAUCAGACCCUCCCGGUUCAGUCAUGUGUGUAAAGGACCAAUCAAACCAAAACCCAAUUUGUUCAACGUUGAUCUAUGAUUGCAGACAAGCGAUCGCCGAUACCGUUGCUUUCGAAUUUUACUGCGAUGCUGAUAGCUGUGAUGAAAGUUCAGUCACUCUCUGGUAUCGAUUCGUCAUCAGCGAAGACCCAGCCGUCCUCGAUCCUGAACUGUGGUGUGCUGGUCGCGAUACUGGUGAAUACCCGACCAGUCUCAACAACGUUCUCCCUCCCGACACCGACCUCAGCCCUCAAGAUCCAAAUGCUGGCUUUGGAGGUGCGAUGGGCAUCGUUGCUUCGACCACCACUGUCGUCAUCGCCUCGCUGUUCGGCCUCCUCUUCGUCAUUCAUUGAUGCCGGGGUGAUCUCUUUUAUUUAUCAAAUAAUCCAAUUUGGGUUUUAAAAGUGUCUACAUGAAGCGGUUAUCAGUUUCUCUUUCCCUCAUUUUCUCUGUUCCUAUAACCUUAUUUUAUUUCAUAAAUUUAAACGAAAUGUAUUUUUCGAUGUCCUGUUUUUAAUACUCUGAUUAUCAAGCAAUAUAGUUGCCUGAUAAAAUCCUUCACAGUAUAACAAAUGGUCCCGACAUUUAUUUGUCAGACACGGGCGGGAGCUUUUAGACAGUAUUAAGAUACCUUGAUCGAGAUUGAAUUAUGAAAGUUGAUCUUUUUUUUCAAAUUUUAUUCAGGUUUUGGAGUCGCAAAUUAGUUUUACAUUAUUUAAAUAAUAUAAAUUAUAUACAUCAUGAAUAAUCAACGCUGCUAUAAUACAUUUACUACUCAUAUAAAGCUUUUGUGUUUUUUAAAUUUUAAGUGGACGGUUAGCAGCAAGCCUAUGACAAUAUGAUUUUGGGUUUUGGUUACUAAUUUGCCUAUUUUUUCCUUUCUGAUUAUUGUUAUCACUUUGGUCAUCAAACGAAAGAAUAUAUAUAUAUAUAGAUAUAUGUAUAAAGGUUUGAUAAUAUGAGAGAAGCAGUUUUUAAAGUAGCUUUCUGUUUCAGGAUUUCAAAUCAAGCACUCUAUAAUACUGUUUCAAUCGCACUUUAUGAACAAAAAAUGGAGUGUCCAAGUAAACAACGCGAGUUAAACUUUUGUGUCACCAUUUCAUUAGUUAAAAUUACUUUUUAUGCAUUUAUCAUUGUUGAAGAUUUUCUACAGAUAAACCAGAACUGUGUCGUCUCAAUCUAGAUUUGAUUCCAAACAAACUGUAAAGUGAAGAACUUUAUUUCAUUAUCAAAAGAUUGAUUAAGCUGUUUUGAUAUAAGAUCAAUAUUUUGGUUGGAUUUUGGUAUUCUACAUUCAUUUGAUCUUGGGUCAAUGUACUUGCUUUGCUAUAUAGUUGUUGACAUCAAUAGGCCCUCUACAAAGGUUAUUAUACAGAUACACAUGUUGGAUGUGUUAAAUAUAGAAAUGUAUACAAAAGUACCUUUAUUUUGAAGUCAAUUCAAGCUGAUUAUGAAAUGCAAACGCACAAUUUUAAAUUUACAUACAGCUUAAGGAAAUUCGGAUGAGAAUGAUAUCAUUUUCUGAGCUAUUUUAAACUGUCAAAUUUAUGCAUAUUAUAUUAGCAGUAAUUCCAUCUAUUUGUAAAUCUUUCUUACGAGUAGUUCAUAUUCAUGAAUAAAUCUGCAAGAAUAGAACCUUCA